AUGAAACGAGGAAGGACAGGUCUCAAACCAAAGUGCCAGCACUUCCCAUCCCUUGAGAAGAAGAAGUUGAGGACGUCCUGCUUUGCUCUUCCUGCAGCAGAGGACUGGGGUCACCUGCCGCCACACGUCGUCCUGCAGAUCUCCACCCAGCAUCUGUCCCUCGUAGACCGGGCCAGGGCCUCCUCAGUGUGCUGGAAUGACAUCUUUCACACCCCUGAUCUGUGGAGGAGGUCUGAGUUGGAGCUCAGUCAGCCGGCUACAUCUUACCUGUGCUCCACUCACCCCGACCUCAUCCAGCAGAUCAUCAGGAAGCACGCCAAGCACUUGCAUUACGUCAGCUUCAAAAUGGAUGGCUGCACAGAAUCUGCCGAGGCGGCCUGUGACAUCCUCUCUCAGCUGGGGAACUGCACCAUUAAGACCCUGGGGUUGAUUUCCACAGCAAGACCCAGCUUCAUGGAUGUGUCUCAGGCCCACUUUGCGUCUGCACUGACAGUAGUGCUUGUCAACUCCAAGUCCCUAUCUUCCAUAAAGAUUGAUGACACGCUAGUUGGCGACCCGUCCCUGAAGGUGCUGGUUGCCAACAACAGCGACACCCUGAAGUUGCUGAAGAUGAACAGCUGUCCUCAUCAGUUCCCACAGACGCUCAGACUUCUCCCUCUGUCCUCAGGUAUUCUGUGUGCUGCGGAUCAGUGCCAUGGACUCAGAGAGCUGGCGUUAAACUACCAUCUCCUGAGUGACGAGCUCCUGCUGGCCCUCUCUUCUGAAAAACACGUCCACCUGGAGCACCUGCGCAUCGACUUGGUGAGCGAAAACCCUGGACAGACACAAUUGCACACCCUCCAAAGAAGCAGCUGGGAGGCUUUGGACACUCACCUCAAGGUCAACAUUGUCAUGUACUUCUACCUCAUUGAGGAGGAGUUUGAUGCCUUCUUCCGGGACGAGACCCCCGUCACCCAGUUGCACUUUGGCCGGGCAGUCAGUAAAGAGAUGCUGGGCCGCGUUGGACUGAACUGCCCUCGGCUGGUGGAGCUGGUGGUGUGUGCGAACGGUCCUAAACCCCUGGAUGAGGAGCUGAUCCGUAUCGCAGAACGCUGAAAAUGCUUGACUGCCAUUGGGCAAGGAGAGUGUGAAGUAACAUGCAGCAGCUUUGUGGAGUUUGUAAAGAUGUGCGGGGGCCGGCUGACUCAGCUGUCCAUCAUGGAGGAGGUGUUGAUCCCAGACAGCAGCUACAACAUGGAGCAGAUCCACAGUGAGGUGCCCAAGCACCUGGGCCGCAUGUGGUUCCCUGAUAUGAUGCCCACCUGGUAG